AAACAGGAUUCAAAAGAACGUCUUUGCGUCUUCUACCAGCUCCCUAUCAUCAAACAAGGGGAGGGGAAGAAGCCGGUGAGAAAAACCUCUCUUCCCGCCGCCCUGCGCGUUUCUGCAGCCUUGCUCCGAGGCCGAGGAGCCCCUGUUGGAAGAGAUGGUGAUGGGCCAGGGUCCUCUGUUGUUGAUCUUCAUGCUGGGUCUGGGUCUGACCCCGCCAACCCUGGCUCAGGAUGACUCCAGGUACAAACACUUCCUGACCCAGCACUAUGACGCCAAACCAAAGGGCCGGAAUGACAGAUACUGUGAAAGCAUGAUGGAGAGACGAGGCCUGACCACACCCUGCAAAGACACCAACACCUUUAUUCAUGGCAACAAGGGCAGCAUCAAGGCCAUCUGUGGAAAUAAGAAUGGAAACCCUUACAGAGAAGCUUUAAGACUAAGCAAGUCUCCUUUCCAGAUCACCACCUGCAGGCACGUAGGAGGGUCUCCCCGGCCUCCCUGCCGGUACAGAGCUACACCAGGCUUCAGACACAUUGCUGUUGCCUGUGAAAAUGGCCUGCCUGUCCACUUUGAUGAGUCCUUUUUCCGUCCAUAACCAGCAGGCCACAGCUGGCUCUGCUCCCCUUUCCUUGCAUUUCCCUCCACACCCCAGAACAGUGGUGGCAACAUUCAUUGCCGGGGGCCCGGAGAAUGACCUGCCUGGAUCUCUUGCUUUCCUUUUUACAACAUGCUUAAGAAAUAAAAAUGACUCUGAAAUCAGUAAGAAUCAAAGUCUUCUCACUGAUUAUUGGCCUAUAAAUCUAUUAAAACCCCAUUUUCUCUACUCAGCUGCUCCCUGAGAGGAUUGGAUACAAUAGAAAUGCCCUUUUCCUUAUCAGUCAGUUCCUCAUUAGUCAGUAGGGAGGUGGACUUUACCUUUGUGUAAAAAGAAGGUGGUUAAAUUCAUCUUACAGAAAGAACUAGGAAAAUUCCAGGGCUUAUGGCAACUAAGCAGAAUUUUCAGAAGGGGCAAAUAAUAAGCCCAAUAUUAUUUUUACAAAUGUUAAACCUUGAGAAAAGUUGAGGACUAAAUACCAACAGACUAAUCACACUUUCUCUCUUUCCCACACCCAUACAUGUAACCCUGCAUCAAUACCAAAAUCCAUGCAGAGUAGACACCUCUUAUCUUAAGCAGGAGCUAAUUUUUUUAUGUUGCCUUGAAUGGAAUACUCCCCGGAUAUUCUCAUGGCUAUUUUAUAUAAAGAUCAAAAAGUGAUUACUUUAUUAUUCAUUCAUUCACAGUCUUUUCUCCCUAAUCUCUUACUUUAUCAAAUAAUAUCUGGCAACUGUGAGAUCUUUGGGAAGGCAUAGAAAGAUUCCAAGCUUAUUUUUUAUUCUUCUUCAACUAGAUUUGGUUUUCAAGUAAACAGAAACUUAAGUUAACGACAUUCUCUUUGUAAAAUAUACUUAUCAGUCCACAGGUUAAGUGAUUAACUUCAUGUUAACCUAAUUCCUAUCAACAGGUGUCUCAAUAUUUUAUUUAGAAAGCAGUUGAUAAAUUACAGUUAUAAAUUACAGUUUGCCAUCUUGUGAAUGUAUAACUGUCGUGGUCACAGUAUCCCCAGUGGUGGCCUCCCCUGCUGCCCACAUUGCUCUUAAAUGGGCCAAAAACCCUGGUUUCUCAAUACUUGGGUUAUAGAUCAGUGUCUAGGUGCCAUCUGGGAGAGCCCAGCCUCCCUGAAAAUAUUCAAAUUUGGGGAGGAAGUGAUGGAGAAGUAGGUUACAGGUGUAUACUCAGCACAUGAAUCUGUCCGCCUUGAGUUAUCUAUUUCAAAAUUAAAAACACUGUCAUUAGAGAGAAGAAUUUUCCAAACCUCUCUUAUUAGAAAAUGUGCCUUAUCAUAAAAUCUCAAAAACUCCUUAAAGAGUAAGAAAAUUCCAAUUUGUGGUAGAACAUUUGGACGCUUUCUCGGGGUCUCCAACCAGUACUAUGUCCUUGAUAUGAGGCAAAGUGACUUCCAUACAGAUCAUUGCCCCUCUCUUGAUAUAGAAGGUUAAAGGCACAGACCAUUAUUACAUUGAUCACACCAUAUGUGAGAAAACUCAUGUCUUCUCCAAACAUCUGCUUAGAGCAUUACCAUUGCAAACUCUGCUCUAGUGUUGGGUCAAAUGACUGUUUCCCCGGAGAUGACAUGGCAACGGGCUGUGGGUGCUUCCUGUCCUACUUUUGGAGCUAGUAGCAGCUUGGUGGCCAAUCCUAGCACUUUUUGCUCUGGGUCUCUUGUUCUCUCACCGUCAAAAGGUGUUUAGAAUGAAAUGUCAAGUCACAGGCAAGUCAUUUCAUCUGGAGUGAAUCAUGUGAGGAGUUGCAGUACUGGUCAGCUGUACUUUAUUGACUUUGCAAGGGAAAGAGAAGAAAAACUUCAAAAAUGUCAAGUCCUUUGAGUAAUGGUCACAUUCAAGGAAGAAACUUCAGUGCAAUUUGGACAGGACAAAUUUCUCUAGAGACACAGCAGAAAUGCUAGUAGGUGAGAUAUUUCAGCUUAAAAGGGGCCUUGUAAUUUCUUGGGAAUAUAGGUACUCUAAAAAAUAAGGGGGAAGGGAUCCAAAAUGUAUGCAGUUUGGUGCAGUUAUUCAUUAUUUUUAUCAGAUUGAAGGAAGCAAAGGAAAACAAGAGGAAUGGAAAUUAUGAAAAGAUCAUUGCCAACAUUUAGUAAACACUAUCAUGGGCUGGGCGUUGUGAUAAGCACUUGACAUUGAUUUUAUCAUUAAUUCUUCAUAACAUCUCUAAGAGGUGGGUAUUACCAUUAUGCUCAUUUUACUUAUGAGAAAAUAGGCUGAGAGAUUAAGUAAUUUCCCCAAGGUCACACAGUUAAUGUGGCAAAGCUAGGCUUUGGGGAUCACCAUAUAGAAAUUAGUUCUUAUUGAGAGUCAAUCUGGUGCAGUGGAGAAAGACUUUGGGACAAACUCUGACCAAAAACUAUGUGUUGGGAUGAUUCAGGCAUCAUAUGAUUUUCUGUAGUACCUAGCACCCUGAGAUGUACCCAGUGACGUCUACAUUGGACUUCGGUUUGCAAAUAUUUUCCCAUGUCUUGUUAAAUCAGUUCGUUAUUGUGGCUGAAGCCAUGGGUUUGUUCUUAUAUGAAUAGUUCAAGUUUUCUCUGUAGUCAGUUAUUUUGCUGAACCAUGAUCUUGGUCACAAAGAAGGAUGAGAGAAAGUAGACAGAACUGUGCAAGAUGAGAGGUGCAAGAUCAGAUCUGGGAAAAACAACCCAAAGUACGUCAUUGUGAUGAAGCCAUUACCCAAGUGCUAAGUGUGCCUUCAGAAGUUGUAUCCAUGGGUGCUGGGGUAAGGAGUAAAUUGAGCAUCAUUUCUCCCAUCCGUCCUUCUUCCCAUGACUCCCUCACUUCCCUCUUUUCCUGACUCCAUCUGUCAUAUCAGCUGCAGGCACAGCAAUAUGACAUAGAGCUUUACAACUUUCUGUGCACAGGCAAAAGGUGGCUGUGAACAUAGAAGGUGGCAUGUAAAAGAAUGAUGGUUAUGUUUCAUCCUGUCAUUACCACUAACCAAAGUGUAGGCUUUAGGUGGAACAGAUCGCAGGUCCCUCAUCAGCCUUUUCAGUCACUUACACGUGUGAUCCGGCAUCAGGAAGCAGCACCUCUGCAAACAAAGGCCAGUAGUGCCCAUAUAUGUCAACCCAGGGGUUCAGCUGAGGCCAGCCCUUGGACUGCACAUGUAGAAAUGGGCCAGUAUUCCUCAAAAAAAUUGACUUUGCUAUUGGGAUGGUCAUUCCCUGUUGAAUUGGAGAUUUUUUUUUCCCCUCUACUGAGUCAACCCUGCCUCAUCAUAAGAGUCAAAGUAGUUCACAGUUUGAGUUCAUGUCAGUCCCAGACUGACAGCCAGAAGGCAGCAUCUAGCUAGUGAGUUAGUGUGGUAAGUGACUCCCACCUCCACUCCCACCCUAUUCCACCCCUGAUUACAUUCUGUUGCUAGAGAGAACCAACUCUGAGCACAGACAUCUAUAGUACCUUGGAUAUUUGGGACGUGGGGUGGGAGAGGCAAUUAGAAGAUGGCAGAAAGAGUACAGAUUUUAGAGCCAGAUAGGCCUUGGAUUCCUUUCUUUAAUUAGUCCCUAGCAGCAAUGUUAUGAAACUAUAUCACAAUGCUUUCUUUGUCAUUGCUCCAGAGGUGUUUGUUUGUUUGUUGACUCUGUAAAAUAAAUGUUUAUUUCCCACCAUCAAGAGGUGCCAACACAAAGAUCCUGCAGCCAGAGAAUACAGAGAAUUACCAACAGCUAUUGACAAGACAGGCAGAGCAUCAAGGAUAGAUGCAGGACAAUGGAGUAUAUCAGCAGGGCCUAGUUUUUUGGGUUGUACAUAGAAACAGAAAAAGAAAACCCCACAAUCCACAUCCUUUUUUGUGGAGAUUGUGCUAUUUAUAUUUCUUUAUUUAUUUUUAAAUGUUUAUUUUUGAAAGA